AUGAGUCUCCCGGGCUACUCCGAGGCCAUCGCCCAUGAAGAGUCUGAAGACUGUCUGACCGUCAAUAUUGUCCGUCCGGCCACAGUUGUCGAUACUCUGCCGGUUCUCGUGUACAUCCACGGAGGAGGCAUGCAGGAAGGGAACAUCGGCGCGUUCGGCGGCGACCCCCGCAGGGUGACCAUCCAGGGCGAGUCUGCCGGCGCGUUGUCGGUGGGAUACCAGCUUCUGGCCUUUGGGGGCCGCGACGAGGGCCUGUUUCUCUCGGCGAUUGCGCAGAGCGGCGGGCCGCUCUCGUCGGCGAGUCUCAUGCCGGACCAGGAACAGGAAGCCGUCUUUGCUGAGGUCGUCGCGGCGGUGGGAUGCGCCACGCUGGAGUGUCUGCGCGGUGUGCCGGCUGAGACCUUGAAGCCAGUCUUCCAGACCAGGUUCUUCUUCCCUGUUGUCGACGGACGGAUCGUUCGAGAGAAGCCUCGUCGGUGGCUCUGCGACAAGGCAGGUUUUGUCCGAGUGCCUCUCUUGACAGGCACCAAUACCAACGAGGGAACCGGAUACCUGCUCGCAGGAUUUGCCUACCGUGAACUCGCCCGACGAUCUGCGCAGGCUGAUUGCUACGUUUGGGCCGGGCAAGUAUCUCCAGCACACCACCGUCGAUCGUCUUCUUCGUGCCUAUCUGGAGAGGUCUCCUGCAGCGAUAAGAAACGACCUCCAUACAGUCCAUCCAACCGGACACGGCCGUCUGUUCGGUCUUGCCUCGCUGUAUCUGGGAGAUUAUCUCUUUACGGCUCCCAAACGGUUCGCUGCUCGGUGCUGGGCACAACACCACCUCCCUGUAUACUGUAUACAGCUACCGGUUCGAUGCGGUGCCGAAUGGGAUCGAUGCGAGUCUUCUCGGGGCAGCGCAUUUCACAGACGUGGCCUUUGUCUUUCGCAACACGCUGGGCGUCGGCUAUCACAUUCCCCCCCUUGGACUCGCCGGAUGAGCAGACGCAAAGCGACUAUCUCCGGCUGAGUACGCUCAUGUGUCGGAUGUGGGUGAGUUUCAUCGCUGGCCCGGGCACAGAUGGAGACUGGCCGCAAUACACCCAGUCCACGCCUUGGAAUGUGGUUUUUGGUCUGCAGGGAGUCGAGAGGGAAUGGGAUGUCUGGAGGGAAGAGGCCAUUGAGAAGAUCAUCGACGCUUUCCAUGAGUAUCGAUUCUGA